AUGGCUUCUUGCUCCUCCGUCCUCGCCGCACCAUCGCUCUCGGCCUCGGCGCCGUCCAGCCGUCGGCGCGCGAGUACGGUUGUAUGUCUCCAGGGUGGUCGUCGCGGCAGGGUCGCGUCCUGCGGCGUGCGGUGUAGCGCCGGCGGGCAGGGCGGGGUCAAGGUCCCUGCGAAGCUGUCGGAGCUGUGGGCGGCGGCGAAGGGCGCGCCUCCUCUGGCCGUGCUCGCGGGUGUGGCGGCGGCGGCGGCGGCGGCCAUCUACAAGGUUGGGUCCAGUCUCCUUACGCCGCGCCAUCCCGCGCCUCGUCGGCUGGAGACCCAGACGGCCCCGCCGCCUCCAGUCCCAGAGCCGGUGCAGGUGGGUGAGAUACCGGAGGAGGAGCUGCUGCAGUACGACGGGUCUGACCCCGAUAAGCCGCUCCUGAUGGCCAUCAAGGGGCAGAUCUAUGACGUCUCACAGAGCAGGAUGUUCUAUGGACCUGGCGGAGCAUAUGCGUUAUUUGCUGGUAAAGAUGCCAGUAGGGCAUUGGCCAAAAUGUCCUUUGAACCACAGGAUCUGAACGGUGAUAUAUCUGGCCUAACGCCAAUGGAGCUUGGUUCCUUGAAUGACUGGGAGUACAAGUUCACCAGCAAGUAUGUGAAGGUAGGAACCAUAAGAAGAGCAGCGCCUGCUGAAGAGGUUUAUGGCAGCAUUUCGCCUGAAAUAAGGGAAGAAGUUACUGUGCCUGUGGUUGAGGCUGAGCGUGAGCCUGAGCCCGAGCCCGAGCCGCAUGAUGACGAUACACCAUGA